CCGGAGAGGCGAGCUUACUUGGGGGAAGGGCGGGAUAGAACAAAACGGCACCCCAUCCCUGCCCGGCGUUUGAGAACCAUGAGCACAAACAGCUCCGCGGACUCCCGCGGCGGCGGCGGGCGGGGGCGUGAGGUGGAGGGUGCACCCGGAGCCAGGGGCAGCGCUGCCCAGGUCUCGGACUCGUCCCUUGUAACAGAGUGGAGCGGUCACUCCGAAUGGAGUGUUUCCCAACCGUUUUCCGGCUCCAGGUCGACCGCGUCCACCACGUACAUGUCCGACUCCUGGAGCUCUAGCGCACACUCCAUCCUCAGCUCCAAUUCUGGCCCCAGAAUUGACCCCGACUCCAAGCCUGGCCUCUGGGGCUUUAGCGCCCGCGGUCUGAACGAUCGGAUCCCCAAGUCGCCAACCCCUAGCCCUCGCGUCUCCGAUGGGGCCUCCCUAGCCUCCAACCCAGACAUCGGCUCCAACGCGAAUCUGGGGAUCUCCCCGCCCUCGAUACCUGGCUUCCCCAGAAUAUUAGUACAAGGACACCCUACGCUCGCAAACACCUCCACCACCAUAGGGUCUGUACAAGAGCUCGCCCCGCCUUCGAUGCCCAACACUCCUCGGGGUUCGAUAGAAAUACCUCCUACACCCGCGAACACCCCUGUAGGGUCUGUACAAGGGCUUGCCCCGCCUUCGAUGCCUAACUCCCCCCGGGGUUCAAUACAAGUACCUCCUACACCCACGAACACUCCGGUGGGGUCGGUACAAGGGCUCGCCCCACCUUCAAUGCCCACUUCCCCCCGGGGUUCAAUACAAAUACCUCCUACACCCAUGAACACCCCGGUGGCGUCGGUAGAAGGGCUCGCCCCACCUUCAAUGCCCACUUCCCCCCGGGGUUCGAUACAAGUACCUCCUACACCAACGAACACCCCCCGAGUGUCAAUAGAAGGGUCCGCCCCGCCCUCUGUGCUCAGCUCCUCCCGGAGCACAGUUCUAGGUUUUGCUCAGCUCUUGAACAGCUCCCCAGUGGCAGUUCCUGGGUCCGCCCCGCCCUCCGUGCCUGGCUCUCCCAGCAGUUCAGCACAAGGCUUUGCUCAGCUCUGGAACACCUCCCGAGUGUCAUUACCAGGGUCUCCCCCGCCCUCUGUGCCCAGCUCCCCCAGGGUAUCCGUACAAGGAUCUGCUCCGCCCUCGGCCUCUCCCAGAGUGUCAGUAACAGGGCCAGGGUCCGCUCUGCCUUCUGUGCCUGGCUCCCCCCGGGUAUCCAUACCAAGAUCUGCUCCACCCCCGGGUUCCCCUGGAGUGUCGGUACCAGGGCCCGCCCCACCCUCGAUACCCGGCUCUCCCUGGGUGUCUGUAUCAAGGUCUGCUCCGCCCUCGGCCUCCCCUGGAGUGUCGGCACCAGUGCCGGGCUCCCACCGGUUAUCCGCACAAGGAUCUGCUCCACCCCCGAGCUCCCUCGGAGUGUCAGUACAAAUGUCCACUCCGCCCUUGGCCGGCCCGACUCCUAUACCCACGUCUCUGGAAAGUAGCAAGCAGAGCAUGGCGAGUCAGGAGAAGAGUCGGGAGAAGGCGAGUAUCUCGGGCCACAUGUUCGACGUAGUCGUGAUAGGAGGCGGCAUCUCAGGAUUGUCUGCUGCCAAACUCUUGGCCGAACAUGAAGUUAACGUUUUGGUCUUAGAAGCCCGAGAUCGAGUUGGAGGGAGAACAUAUACUGUGAGGAACGAGCAUGUUAAUUACGUAGAUGUUGGCGGAGCAUAUGUGGGACCAACCCAGAACAGGAUCUUACGGCUGUCUAAGGAACUGGGCUUGAAGACUUACAAAGUGAACGUCAGUGAACGCCUUGUUCAAUAUGUCAAGGGGAAAACUUAUCCAUUUCGGGGUGCCUUUCCUCCAGUGUGGAACCCGAUUGCAUAUCUGGAUUACAACAAUCUGUGGCGGACAAUGGAUAACAUGGGGAAGGAGAUUCCAGCUGAUGCACCCUGGGAUGCCCCACACGCCGAAAAGUGGGACAAGAUGACAAUGAAAGAUCUCAUCGAUAAAAUCUGCUGGACAAAGACGGCUAGGCAGUUUGCUUAUCUCUUCGUGAACAUCAAUGUGACCUCCGAGCCCCAUGAAGUCUCUGCCUUGUGGUUCUUGUGGUACGUGAAGCAGUGCGGGGGCACCACUCGAAUCUUCUCGAUUACCAACGGGGGCCAGGAACGGAAGUUUGUGGGCGGAUCUGGUCAGGUGAGCGAGCGGAUAAUGGAUCUUCUUGGGGAACGAGUGAAGCUGAGGUGCCCUGUCAGCUCUAUUGACCAGUCGGGCGAAAAUAUCAUCGUAGAGACGUUAAAUCAUGAAGUCUACGAGUGCAGAUACGUAAUUAGUGCCAUCCCGCCACCCUUGACUUCUAAGAUCCACUUCAGACCGGAACUUCCAUCAGAAAGAAACCAAUUAAUUCAGCGUCUUCCGAUGGGGUCUAUCAUUAAGUGCAUGAUGUAUUACAGGGAAGCCUUUUGGAAGAAGAAGGAUUACUGUGGCUGCAUGAUCAUUGAAGAUGAAGAAGCCCCAAUAUCAAUAACCCUGGAUGACACCAAACCAGAUGGAUCGCUGCCUGCCAUCAUGGGCUUUAUCCUUGCCCGAAAAUCUCAUCGAUUCGCUAAACUCCAUAAAGAAAUAAGGAAAAGGAAAAUCUGUGAGCUCUAUGCCAAAGUACUGGGAUCCCAAGAAGCUUUACAACCCGUGCACUAUGAAGAGAAGAACUGGUGUGAGGAGCAGUACUCUGGGGGCUGCUAUACAGCUUACUUCCCCCCUGGGAUCAUGACUCAAUAUGGAAGGGUGAUUCGACAACCAGUGGGCAAGAUUUACUUUGCUGGAACUGAGACAGCCACACAGUGGAGCGGGUACAUGGAAGGAGCAGUCGAGGCCGGGGAAAGGGCAGCUAGAGAGAUCUUGAAUGCUCUGGGGAAGGUAGCAAAGAAAGACAUCUGGGUCCCAGAACCGGAAUCACAGGAUGUACCAUCUAUUGAGAUCACCCACUCCUUCUGGGAAAGGAACCUGCCUUCAGUGGCAGGCCUGCUGAAGAUCAUUGGCUUUUCAACAUCAAUAACUGCCAUGUGUGUUGUGGUGUACAAAUGCAAACUGCUGAACCGCCCCUGAAGCUGCAUUCUCACGCUUUAUGCUGCCCUUUCCCCGGCCUUCCUUCUAACAAGGAAAAUACUGGCAAAUCAAAGGCAGUUACUUGGACCAUCUUUAAAUGCACUAGAUUUAACCCAUCGAUUUAGUUUCCAUCAAUUUUAAAGUAAAAACCACCAAAAGAAUCACCUAAUUCAUGUCAGUAAGACCAAGUUACAUCUCUUACUAGUCUGUGUAAAAUAAUUCGCGUUGCUGAUAGAAUAAAACUUUGUGAGCGAUAUCUUCAUUUCACGAAGUUAAAGUGCUCAUCAGAAACUAUUUCUGUGUCCUGUUUUUUCUCUCCAUUAACGCAAAAUACCUAAUGAUUUCAGAAAUAAAGCAUUAAACUUUCUCUCUGUAAAGGCUGAGUAGGUUUAAAGGCCUAGCCUGUGAGUGCUUUUCCUAGUCCUGAGGAAAUGGUGAUGCAUUGGUACAGAGCCUGGAGGCUCCAAGCUUCCUGGGGUGAGCAGCCUCCACUUUGGAUCUAGGAAUAGUACUUAAAAGCAUUUGGAGGUGGGGUCCUACCAGACCCUCAGACCAAGUAGGAGGACAUCUUGUGGGCUGCCACCUCGGGAAUAUCCUGACCACUUCUAAUUCCUGUGAAUUUUCUAGACAUUCAGUCUUAACGUCAGCUUAUUUGUAUGCUUUCCUCUUUUGCUUCAUAAAGUGUUUCCUAAGUUGGAAUGCUUAAAUUGACUUCCUGGGUCUUUAGGCCCCCAGGUGAGCAGAGUAAAAUAGUGCCAGGACUGGCCCCCAGGAGACCUCUCUAUCUUUGCAUGAGACCAACUGCAGCAGGUAUAUUCUCUUCCUCAUGGAAGGUGGCUGGACAUCAGUUCCCUCAUUGUCCAUGGUAACAUUCUAUACCCAUUUCAGGAAAGCAGUAUUGUCCUUUUUUCAGGUAAAUCCUGGCUAUCUGAAGGCCCCUGGUGGCAUAUAUUUUUUUCAUUUUUUUAAUGGCUAUAGUAGAAGUGGGCAGAUAAUUUUAACUUAAAUAUGUCUUCAGCAGAAACCCUGGUGGCAUAGUGGUUAAGUACUACGGCUGCUAACCAAAGGAUUGCCAGUUCAAAUCCACCCAGGCGCUCCUUGGAAACUCUAUGGGGCAGUUCUACUCUGUCCUAUAGGGUCACUAUGAGUCGGAAUCGACUCGACGGUGCUGAGUUUGAUUUGGGUUUGGAUGUCUUCAACAUGGUAACCUUUGAGGAAAUAUUAACAUGCCAAUUUCUCUCAAGUACUAAAACACACAUAAGAAAUUUCUGAUUAUUUGUUGCAAUGAUCAAAUAUAGAAAGGAAACUGAGGGUUCUAUAGUUUAACCUCACUUGCUUUAGUUAUUUAAUUUUAUAAGAGACAUGAAAUAGUGGUUUUAUAUAUGAAGACUAUGUUCUCUAUCCCAGGAGUAAUGUGAGCCCAGAAUAAUGCCCACCUCUUAUCUCCCCAUUUAAAAAUUGUCAGGUUUCUAAAAAUCCCUUCCAGAUAUUCCAGCCAUAAAAUUCUUCUUUAAUAUAAAUAUCUGGAAAAAAUCAACAGAAAUGGGAUCAAAUAAAGCAGUUGAGAAGAUUCAGUAGGUUUGGGUACACAUGUGGUAUAUAUGCAGUAAAACCUUAUCUUGCAUCCUUGAUGAGUGAGGCAUUUCAUUUUAAAUGGAAUUUCUAGAUAACUGAAGCUUACUCUUUUAUGUGCCAAGAAUUUUAAAUACAAAUUUUGAUGGACAUAUUUCCAUACAUUAUUAAAUAAACUAGAUUCAUAUCUUUAUUAUUCAGGUUAAUCAUUAUGUGCCUCAAUUAUUUUAUACUUUUAUGAUACCAUUUGUGUUUGCCUCUGUACUGAAUGUCCCAAAGUUGUUUUAUAGCUGAUAAGCCUACUGCUCCUUCUAUGUUAGCCCAUUUUCAGUGUUUUAUUUCAUAUCCAUUAUUUCCCAAUACCUCUUGCCCUAAUUUCCUUUUUUUAUUUAAUGGAAAUUAAUGAUUGCCAGAUGAAACCAGUCAACCAAGUUUAUUGCAUCAUUAAUCUUAUCGUAAGCCCAAAAUUAAGCCACUAGACCUUAAGACCUAUGAGGACUUAAGGUCUUCCAAAGCAUCGCCUUUCCUAAGAGCAAAGGGCAGGAUUUUUCACUAACUUGGGAGUUUGGGUAAUGUCUUGGGUGCACUCCAGUAUAUAAGGAGUUGCUGUAUAUUAGCAAAGUACUUUGAGAAAUCUCAUUCCUAAUCCUUUUCAGUUGUUUCUGUUCAUGUACUGAUUAACUCAGCCCUGACACACCUUCUGAAAAAUGCUGAUUUAAACUUCUGAACUGGCAACAGUUUUAAUAGUAAUCAGGUUGUUAACAUAGUUAAGUCUUAAAUGUUGAGAAACUUCUGGGCGUGUGAUUUACUGUCUUAAAGAUUUAGAAAACCAGUUGAUCCUAGUUAGAUCAACCCUGUGAAGCUUCAGAUUUGGUAUCAAAAUAAAUGCGAGUUCGGGUGUGCCUAGACAUGAAAUUGGAACAGAGAACUAUCGUAUAUGAGGUUGUCUAACAUGAAGAUACCAUAGGUCUUUUUGUCCAAACCAGAGAAACUAAAGUUGUUUUAAGAAAUUAAUAGGGCCUGGCCUGUUAGGACAUCCACUUCACAGUUCUGAAGGCUGAAUCUGCCUCACUCCACAGUAAGACUGAGAAAUAGAUCUUAAAAGUUAACCUUUUUUUUUUUUUUGGUCACACUUAACUGUUAAGUAAGAUCUUAUACUACAUUGAAGAAAAAAUAUUGAAGGAUUGUGAACUAUGUUUAGUUUGCUUGUGAACUCGACGCCUAGUAUUUUAUGUCUGAAAUUGCACCAGUUCUACAUGUGUGUGUUUUGCCAUUAAAGUGAGAUUCUCCCUAUGGUACUGUUUUGUUUGUUAAUAAAGUGUACUACCACCCUGAUUCAGCCCUGACUUUUCUAUUCAGUGGAUGGUCAGAAGGUUAAAUGGCUUUUUAGAGCAGGAGGUCUCAGUGAGGCAUUGUCCACGGAGGAUAGGCUUCCAAAGCCACUUGGUAUUGACUCCAGAUUCUCAAAGUUUGGUUUGAUUCUCACAUGUUGCUGAGGUUUCCUGGGAAGUGAUUAAAGUGGUAGAAUAUUGUAAUCUGCCUGACUGAGCCGCAGAAGAUCUGGAUUCUGACUCAGGUUUUCUUA